AUGUCGGGUGCCCCUCCUCCACCGCCCAACUAUGGCCAUGGCGCCCAAGGACCUUAUGACUCAAACGAAAAGGCUGGAUAUACGCCGCAAUACGCACCUCCUCCUCCGGGCCCUCCUCCCCCUAAUUCCAGCAACCAGUAUCAGCAACAGCAGGCGCAGCCGCAAUACUUCCAGCCUCCCCCUUCUCACCCAGGAUCCCCUCAACAGCAAACCUAUCAAGGCCAACAGUUUCCCCCCCCUCCUUCCGUCCCUCAAGGCCAGCAAGCAUAUUCCCCCCCUCCUUCCGUCCCUCAGGACAACAGUCAGAACCGUAUGUCUAUCACACAGAGGGCGUAUGAUCCAACCAAUCCAAAUCUCCCGCCCCAGCCUCAAGUCAUACCUCAAGGGCAGGGGAGCUCCAACCAGAUCACGGACACAAUAGGAAGCUUUAAUGGCGGAAGUUACCGUAUUGAUCAUCGAGAUUCGAAUACACUCUUGACAUUGCAGCUAGCACAUGGAUGUCCGGUUGUUGCUAAGCCUGGAGCAAUGGUAGCCAUGUCUCCAACUGUCACUUUGAAAGGAUCCGUCAAAUUUUCUUUUAAGAAACUUGUUGCUGGUGGUGAUUUGGCUCAAUCGACAUAUACCGGGCCUGGUGAGCUUCUUCUUGCUCCUGCAGCACUGGGAGAUAUUGUUCCCGUCCGCCUGGAUGGGCAGCAACAGUGGUCAGUCGGUAAAGAUGCAUUCCUAUGUGCGACUCAAGGAGUUGUAAAAGAUUAUAAGAGUCAAGGGUUUGGAAAGGCGAUGUUUUCAGGCGAGGGUUUGUUUGUUUACAAAAUCUCGGGCCAGGGAGUUUUUUUUGUGACCAGUUUGGGAGCAAUUAUUCAGAAAAAUGUUAGUUUGGAUUCAACUAUGGAUAGGUAA